AUGAAACUCUCGAUCAACAAACGUAACAUUGAGGACACCGGAAUUGAUAAGCGCCUUCAUGCUCCGCUGCUGAAAUACCUGAAGCAUAUGCCGGAACCGGAACACUUUGCGAACUCCUUCGAGUACGUCUCGGAUUGGCUGCCCCGUCUCGGUAUGACGGACUUCAUCGGCACCUUUAUCGCUGAAGGAUUGAAGAAGGUGCUGAUCGUCAAGUGCGCCGACUUGACCGAGGAGAAACUCAAGAACAUGGGCAUCUCCAAACCCGGCCACUUUAACCGAAUCCUGGGAGCCCUGGAGUAUGCCAGGCUCGAGGAAGCCCUCGGAGUGGCGGCUAGGAGGAAGCAGAUGCGCAAGAAGGAGACGAUGACUCCACCUGAGAGCCCACCGCUCUACCCGCCGAUGCAUCACUCGCAGAUCUACACGUUCAGCGCUCAUUACCUGGGCUCUGAUCGUAUUGAAAGUAUCUACUCGGAGGACGAGUGCAUUAAUGUCAUCAAAAAGUUGAAGAAGCAAAUCAAUUCCAUCGUCAAGACUACCCCCGUACAAGUGGAAAUCUCGAUCUAUGGAGUCAUGAUCUUCAACACUGAGCAUCAGAAGACACUGCUCCAGAGCUACCAGCUUGAUGACAUUGGCUGCAUGACCAACGAUAUGAAUGACCGGAACUGUCUCGGUUUCACCGUCCAGGACAAGCAUCAGUCGAUGGCCCACGUUUUUGCUGCGAUCACUGCUGAAAUCGCCAAGAACAUCAUCGACGCCCUCGGCGACGUCUUUAAAAUCCAAGAAACCCGGCAGCAACCCUGUCCCUACUACGGCCAAGGCGCCCAGGUGGCCCACGAGAGCGUCAAUCCUUUCGGCGAGACAAUUGUCGAAAACGACGUCAAGGCACGGGUCGUGAUUUUUGGGUACUGGUUGGAGAAGGUAGAAUACAUCACGUUCACCGAUUCGAACUGCUAUACCUCCGAAUUCAACAUCAGCAACAAGGAUUUUGAGCUCCAAAUCGAGCGGAGAAUCGAGUUGCAGUGGCGAUUCCCGGAAAACAAACACCAAUGGCGCAUGUGUGUGAAGCAAAAAGGACCGACUGGAGAGUUGUUAAUGGUCGAAGGAAUCCACACCUAUAUCACCACCAGGGUCACUCCGAAAGAAUACAUAAUGCCGUUCUACCUUCAAUGCUCAGUCUUGGCCUUUUUGCUCUCGAUGUCGGCUCUGUUUUCCGGGCUGAAUUUGGGGUUGAUGAGCCUGUCGAUCAAUGAGUUGCAAUUGAUCAUGAAAUGCGGCUCCCGCAGCGAACAAAAAUACGCCAAGGCGAUUCUUCCGAUUCGAAGGAGGGGCAACCAAUUGUUGUGUACGAUUUUGUUAAUGAACGUCGUGGUAAAUGCUUCAAUUUCGAUUCUAUUCGAAGAUAUGACUUCUGGAACGAUCGCGUUUAUCGUUUCCUCGGCUGGAAUCGUAGUUUUUGGGGAAAUUUGUCCUCAAAGUAUCUGUGUGAAAAAAGGCCUCGCCGUGGGUGCUCGUACACUCUUCCUCACCAAAUUCUUCAUGGCCCUCACCUACCCACUUGCUUUCCCUAUUAGCAAGAUUUUGGACUGGCUGGUUGGGGUGGACGUGGAUAAAUUCGAUCGGAAUCGGCUGCUGGAGAUUAUGAAAAUGGGCAGCGGCAGGGAAGGGGAUCCGGAAAACUUGAAAAUCGCCAUCGGAGCCUUGGAGCUGGCCAGCAAGUCGGUGAUGGAUGUUAUGACAAAGAUAGAAGAUACCUAUAUGCUGCCAAGUAAUACCGUCGUGAACCCGGCUACCAUUGCCGAAAUUGCACAAAAGGGCUAUUCCAGAAUCCCGAUUUUUGAUGGCGGUGAUAGAAAUAAUAUCGUAUCUCUGCUCUACGUGAAGGAAUUGGCACUGGUCAACAAAAACGCAAACAUUACCGUAGGGACGGUGGGGAACCGAGCUCGGCUCCGAUUCGUCGACGAGAAUCACCCGUUGACAGAGAUGGGAGAAUACCACAUGGCGAUAAUUCGACGUGGAUCGGACGAUGAUGAACACUUUUACCAAGCUACCUUGGAUUCACUGUCAAACGGCGAUAUUGAAUUGUCUGAACUUUCGCCGUCCAGAGAAAUCUUGGGUGUUAUCACACUCGAAGAUAUUGUUGAAGAGAUUUUACAGGCCGAAAUCAUGGACGAGAGCGACCAGGUGACGGACAACGUCCAAAGGCACCGGAGGUUCGCCAAAAAUAGCCUGGACUUGCACAAGCUCCUCGGCAAGGAAAAACAGGCUGAGCCGUUGUCUAUCCAUACAAAGAGUGUGCUCUGCCGAUAUCUUCGCGAUCAGCACCCGAUUUUCGGCCCGGAAUUCAUGGAGCCCAGAGGACUUGAGCAUCUGAUCGGAACAAAUGUUAGGGUGAUUUACAUCGCCAACGAGAGCCAACCGAUCCCGAUCUAUGAAUACGGGGUGACGAGCAAGAGAGCUGUUGUAAUCCUCGAGGGCUCGGCCACGGUGUUUUUCCCGAAGUCCAAAAUGACCCUACAAGCCGGCUCAUGGAUUUCAUUGGGCGAAGUCUUAUUCCAGAAGCUGCAGGCCGGCAUUGCCCAGUCCCCUCAAGACGCUCAAUUCAACCUCUCCUUCGUCCCUGACUUCACAGUUACUGUCGAAAAGUACUGCAAAUUUGUGCAGCUCCCCGUCCCAUCAGUAUGGCAUAAGCUAAAGAUUUCGAAUGUCGUCAGGUCCAUGAGAACAAACUCCAAUCCCUCCUCGAGAUCCCCAUCAAUUUCCGAGAAAAAUCGGAGGAUUGUACGCUUCCAAGAUGACGAAGGAGUAGCCGGCCGUAGCGGCUCGUUAAACGGGGAUCAAACGCUGCACGUAGGCGACCGAAAUCGAAGCGCAAGUUUGCGGCCGGAAAUG